CCCACGGGCUCCCGGAGGGCUCCUCGCAGGGGACGGGUCAACCUGGACUCUCUGGGCGAGCGCAUUAGGCGCCUCGCCGCCCCCACGCCGCAGACCAUAAGGCAGACUCUCCAGAGGACACUACAGCAUUAUGAGCAUCAAGUUAUUGGUUACAGGGAUGCUGAAAAAAACUUCCACAAUAUUUCCAACCGAUGCUCCUACGCAGACCAUUCUGGCAGUGAUGAAACUGAUGAUGUCUCAGGAAUUCUCCAGCGUACAGCAAAUAUUCUUGGUUUGAAGUUUGAAGAGCUACAAGAGAAAUUUGGGGCUGAAUUCUUCAACAUCUGCUUCAAUGAGAAUGAGAGAGUUCUUCGAGCUGUGGGUGGCACCUUGCAAGAUUUUUUUAAUGGCUUUGAUGCUUUGCUGGAGCACAUAAAGACUUCGUUUGGGAGGCAGGUCACUUCAGAAUCCCCUUCUUUCCUAUGCAAAGAACUCCCUGAAGGCAACCUUAUGCUUCACUACUUCCACCCCCAUCAGAUUGUUGGGUUUGCCAUGAUGGGUAUGGUUAAGGCAGCAGCAAGGAAGAUCUACCAACUGGAUGUUGAAGUGGAACAGAUUGUAAAUGAUAAACUAUGUUCUGAGGACUUAAACCCAGGCAACUGCAACUGUCUCACUUUUAUUAUCAAAGAGCGCGAAAAUGCAAAUAUCACAAAAGCGCUUCCUCUAGGGACUUCUCAGUCCCCUUCUGAUCUGAGGAUAAGCAUUAAUACCUUCUGCCGAGCUUUUCCUUUCCAUCUGAUGUUUGAUCCCAGCAUGCUGGUGCUGCAGCUGGGUGAAGGACUGAGAAAGCAACUCAAGUGUGAAGCUCAUAAGACCCUGAAGUUCCAGGACUGCUUUGAAAUUGUUUCUCCAAAGAUUGCUGCCAUGUUUGAACGAGUCCUUCUGAGACUGUCUACUCCUUUUGUGAUCCGAACCAAACUUGAAGCAUCUGGCUCUGAAAAUAAAGACAAGGUAAUGGAAAUCAAAGGACAAAUGAUCCAUGUCCCAGAAUCAAACUGUAUUUUGUUUUUGGGCUCACCAUGUGUGGACAAGCUGGAUGAACUGAUGGGUCGAGGCCUCCACCUUUCAGACAUACCAAUUCACGAUGCUACCCGUGACGUCAUCCUUGUCGGGGAGCAGGCUAAAGCCCAGGAUGGCUUGAAGAAGAGGAUGGACAAGCUUAAAGCAACAUUAGAACGAACACACCAAGCUCUAGAAGAGGAGAAGAAGAAAACAGUGGAUCUUCUGAUCUCAAUCUUCCCAGAAGAAGUGGCUCAGCAGCUCUGGCAAGGGCAGCAAGUUCAAGCCAGGAAGUUUGAUGAUGUUACCAUGCUCUUUUCAGACAUUGUUGGCUUCACUGCUGUCUGUGCCCAGUGUACUCCCAUGCAAGUGAUCAGUAUGCUCAAUGAGCUUUACACCAGAUUUGACCACCAGUGUGGAUUCCUAGAUAUCUAUAAGGUGGAAACAAUAGGUGAUGCCUACUGUGUGGCCGCAGGGCUCCACAGGCAGAACCUGAAUCAUGCAAAGCCAAUUGCCCUGAUGGCCCUGAAGAUGAUGGAGCUGUCAGAGGAGGUGCUCACACCAGAUGGAAGACCAAUUAAGAUGAGAAUAGGGAUUCACUCAGGAUCUGUUCUGGCUGGAGUUGUUGGGGUGAGAAUGCCUAGAUAUUGUCUCUUUGGCAACAAUGUCACCCUAGCAAGCAAAUUUGAGUCAGGAAGCCAUCCACGCCGCAUCAACGUCAGCCCAACGACCUAUCAGCUUCUGAAAAAGGAAGAAAAUUUUAUCUUCAUUCCUCGGUCCCGUGAAGAGCUUCCAGAAAACUUUCCAAAGGAAAUUCCUGGGAUUUGUUAUUUCCUGGAGGUCAGAACUGGGCAGAAGCAGCCAAAGUCCUCUGUCACAUCUGCCAGAGUGAGAAAGAUAUCCUACAACAUUGGCACCAUGUUCCUUCGGGAAACGAGCCUAUGAGGCCUGUUGCAGAUCAAAGACUCAUCAAAAAAGCACAAGCCCAGAACUGGGUCAUGACAGGAGAGAGGAGAUUCUUUCUUUUUCACUGCAUAGUUCCAAGAAAGCAGUAAAAGCUCUAUGAAAUGUCAGGCAAUAAUUCUUUUUAAAGGUGGGUGACUGCUGUCGGUAAACAAACUGGAAAGUGGCAAACAAGGGAGCAGGGAUUUUUUUUCUUUUUUUAACAAAAAUCAAAUUAAACAAAAUAUUUCUCUGUUGCCAGAGAUUCUACUGGUGAUAAAUGUCAGAAUGGUGGGGUUUGUUUUAAAAAAAGGAAUCUAAAUUAUGCAGUUGUUGAUGGGGAGACAUUCCUCUAAGUCGGAGGUAGCUUGUAGCUCCCUAGUUAUCAUUGGAUGCUAACUCCUAUCAAUUAGCAUGGCCAGGGAUGAUGAGAGUUGUACCAUAAUAACAUUAAGAGGGACCCAGGUUGCUAACCAUAACAUCCAUUAAAAUAGAAUACUUUGUGGAUUGUACUGCUUUCUUCUGAAAUGGGCCAUUGUUUUAUGCUCAAGUAGGAUCCUUGCCACUGUUCUGAACAUCCUCUUUUUAUGUCAAUAGAAUCAGGGUACUCCUGAUUCUUUUGGUCAUGUGCGCCUAAACUAUUUAUAUAAGAGUCAUAAACAGUGGUAGUCAGUGGAUUACACUCCAAAAUUCAACCAGAGACUGCUCAGAUUAUGAUACAUUCCUACAUUUGAGGGAAUUAUUGCUGAGGGUAAGAAUGCUUCUGGUUUAUUGCUGUUCUUUAAACACUUCGUACAGGUACUGUAAAGAUUAUUUAUAACCUUUUUAGCAGGAGAAAUUUUAAUUUGGGAUAUAAUAUAUUAAGGAUUUUACCCUUUUUUAAAACUACAUUUCACUUUUAGGGCAAUAUUCUAUAAAAAUUUGAAGCUGGCCAGCUUGUUUAUAUUUGAUAUGUAUCCAAUUUCUGAAGUUUGUUGCAGUCUUCAAAGAAUGAUAUUUUAGUGAUUUUCAUUUUCUGCCAUAUGUCUUAUCCAUCUAGACCCAUGUUCACAUUACUUAUGCUAAUAAUAUAUAUCCAAUAUCAGGAUAUUAUAAGAAAAACCAUGCUGAUCAUGUUCAGUAACUGGAAGUAGAGUGUCCCAAAACUGAAUCCUCAGUUACCCUUGGUAAAGUUUUAACCAUUUAAUGAACCAGAUCAGGAUGGUUCUCAAAUAUGCUUGUGAUUUGAACUUAACUCUGAUUAACACUAUUUCUUCCAUUAGUAGGAAAUGAAACACACCUAAAAGUCUGCGGUUCAACCUUAUUAGUACUUUAUCCCCUGAACUUCUCCCACGCUGUCAUGGUAUGUUAUAAGCUUUGUAGUGUGCCUCACUUAAUCUACUGUUCCCUGUCCCAGUUGUUAGCAUGGAUUAGAACCUCCAGCUAUGAAUAUCGAUGGAUUUAGAGAGAGCUUGGGGCCGGGGGGAAAGUAAUACAUCUACAAUUACUUUCAUGCCCAAUCAUAAUGAAAUAUAAUAUUUUAGAAAUAUCCUAUAAAAAUAAAAUUCCAUCUAUGAAACUUCAAAUUCUUGAUAUCAGUUGUAAAAAACGUGAAUGAUCUUUAGUGUCUUAGAAAGCUUGAUCCCAUGUCUCUCUUUUAUUAUACUUUCACCACCCUGAUUAUAAGUAUUGCUUUGUGGCUGUUAGAGAAUAAUCAAGAUUAAAUAAUUUUGAGUAUUUGCAUGUAGGCUGCUAAUGUAAAAUGACACCCUACAUUAGAGAAUUCUGAUAUCUUGAUAGGACUACUUCAGAGUAAAUCAUUCAGGAGUGUCCACAGUGAUGAUCACUAGCUCAAAAUGGUAGGCACAACUUAAGCAAUUGAAGCCCUGCCCCUUUGUUAUUCCAUACAAUGCAUACAGUACACAUUAAAAAGGGGUGGGUCUGCCCAGCUGCACCCACCAUUUUGAGGUCAGUAACUGUUGCUGCAGACACCGUAUUUGAAAUCAUUUGAGUACUAUAGUUUGAUAAAUAAUAAAACUUCAUUUGGAUAUUUAGAUCACUUCAUAUCCAUUUUUCAUGCAGAAUAUUGCAGAGAUGUUUUCAUUUUAAAAUUUCUAAUAUUUGUACCCUAUAUCAUGUAGAUAAGUAUGCUGUAGAAUUUUAUAUUCUUCUAUAUCUGUAUCAACCACAUGUCAUAUUGUGCACUCAAGCCAAAUCACUAUGCUUGAAAGUGUAUCAAGCAAUAUAUGGCUAAUAGUUAAAUUAUAUGGCCAUUCAGAUCUCAAGUAUGGUAAAGAAUCAAAGCUUUAUGGAGUGACAAGGCUAAUAAAUUUGUUGAGGCAUCAGUUUUUAUGGACUACAGCCUAUUUUAUCACAUGCAUGCAGUAUUUCCUCUGAUGAACGUGAGUACACAGGGUAUACUUAAUAAAUAUAGACAGAAAUGAAUGAGAAGAGAGAACUUGUAAGGGAUAGUAUAAAUUUUAAAAUAAUUUUGUGUUGAGUUCGAGAUAUUCAGGAUAAGAACAGUAAUUUUUGUUUGGGCUCUGCAUAGAUUUGCAUUUCAUGUUCUUUUGAGACAGUAUUUAUGCUUUUUUUCCUCUGUCAAUGCACACACGUCUCUCCCAGAAGAUUAUAACACUUCAUCCAACAAAGUGGUCUCUAAUCCACAAAAGUCAGUGCCACAAUAAAUCAUGUUAGCUCUUAAAGAUGCUGCAGGAUUCUUAGCCACCUUGUGUGGCAUAAUUCAACACAAUUUCUGUAGAACCUUGAUGAUUUAUACUUGUAUGAUUCUUGAUGUCUGAAGGUGAAGCAUGGGAGCAUAUUAUAUUUCUCUGUAUUUUGUCCCUAGAGCUUUCUCAACAGUUAAGAUAUGGCUGGCAAAUCACUUCUGCAGUGGUACCUACAAUUGAAUGGUAAUUUGAAACUCAGCCUGUCUAUGAGUUACAGAUGAGCACUCAAGUUCAUAUUUGUACAGCAGUUUUGAUGUUAAAAGCCAAACAAGGAUUUAAGAAGACAGAUGCUGGGUGCCUUUCACUGUAAAGGUUGAUUCCCUCUUGAUUCAGAAAGAGAUCACAUGGGUUUCCAAGUAGGAAAAGAGGAUAGUUCUCAAAAAAUCACAACUUUUUUCAAAAUACCCCAAAGCACAGUAGUCCAAAUGAUAUUGUGCUUUGAUUAGUCCAAAAGGUACUGUACUAGUCCAUUUUUUUCAGCAAUUUGAAUCAUUCUAGCAUAAUGAUCAAGAUUGCAAGAAAUCAAUGAAACUCUUAAAACAUAUUUUGCUGUUAGUGCUAAGUAGAAACGUUUGGGAAAAGUUAAGUGAACAAUCAAGAUGAAUAAAUUUGGCAAAGCUAUAGAGACCAUCUGGGUUAAAAUAAAUGGUAGAACAAAUAAAAGCAAUACUGUUGUUGGUGUGUACAAUCACCCACCUAACCAAAGAAAAGAUGUAGAUGAUGCCUUAUAAAAGCAAACUGCAGAUCUUUCAAAAAGUCAUAAAAUCAUAAUGGGAGACUUUAAUAACCUUGAAUCUGCUGGGAAACAAACUAUACCAAGCAGUUUUCUCAAGAGAAUUCUGACUUGUCUUGUUGACAAGAGGGUGAAGAAAGGUUACAAGAGGAUCAUCUGUCCUUGGACUUGAUAUUAAUCAAUAGAGAAGAUGCAGUUGGGGAAGUAGAAGUUGCAGGAACAUACUGUAUGUAAGUGACAAUGUAAUACUGGCAUUCUUGAUUUUAAGGAAAAGCAACACUGCGCAUGGUCAAACAAAUUUUGGACUUCCAAAAAAAAAAACAUGUUAACUUAGAGCAGUGAUAAGUAGGAAUCUGUUAUAAGAAAAGUUAAUGGAAAGAGAAGCUCAUGGCAGGUGAGGAUUCCUGAAGACAACUGUGAACCAUUUCAGUGAGAAGAAAAAAUAGAGGACAGUUGAAUAAGCCAUAUGGUUACACCAAAUGCUUAGUGAAAACAAAAACAGGUGAUGUAUAGGGCAUGGAAAGACAGCUUUCACAAAGAAAGAGUACAAAGAGAACUAGCCCAGAAUGGGGGUGGGGGGAAAAAAAGCUAAGAAUGAGCUAUGGUAAUAAAAUGAAAAAGAAAAGGGCAAAAUGCCAACAGGUAAUGAAGAAAAGACCAAGGUACUCAACUUUGGUUCAGUCUUCUCCAACAAAAAUUAAUAUACAGUCCAUCAGGAAAUUGUGAAGAACAAUUUGAAGGGUCAGGAUUGAAGCUUGAGAUUGAU